UGGGAACUAAAACUUUCUCCAUAAUUUGAUUUCAUACAAACGGGAUGUCGUCAAGAGACAAACUCAUGAAAGGAAAAACUCGCGUAUCAGGCUUUGUCCCUAGCGUGCAGUUCACGUGCAACAAACCUUUGAUCUCAUUAUUUACGUUCCCGUCAGGAAAAUCGCAGCCAAAUGCGGGACAAAUACUUGUGUUCCAAUUAAGAAUUUAACGAUCUCUUUUCAUAACUUAUUUUUUUCCACUUGUUGGUGUGAGAAGAGUUGAUCAUGCAAGGAAACGAAAACCAGUUCAAGACGUUUAGCGAAAAAUCAAAGUUAUUAUUCACACCUGGUAAUGACAACCAAACUGGAAGACGAACAAAUUUCUACGACGAAGAUGCAGGACCUCAGCAGAAAGUUUCAGAAGGAUUUCAUCUCGACACCAGGAAGAUGCUGAUUGGCGUUGCCAUAGUGAUUGGGAUCGCAUUUUCUUGGGUGGGGUCAACGCAAUUCGCUCAGAGCUCAUAUUCGCCGGAUUUUAAUGCGCCGUUCUUUGUCUCUUGGUUCUCGACCUCGUGGGUGCUUGUGGUUUUUCCUGUCUAUUUUUUGCGGGCACUACUCAGAGGAAAGAAGAUAACUCAGUUUUACAGAGAAAGUGAAAGAGUCUUUGGAAGCCAAGGCCUACACCUCAGCUCACUCCUCAAAUACGUGGGGCCAUUUUGUCUUCUUUGGGUGAUAGCCAAUUACUCUUAUGUGCGAGCCCUCGGGGUCCUUCGGGCAGCGGAUGUUAGUGCUCUGUUUUCGUCUUGCAAUGCUUUUGUUUAUGUGUUCUCCUUGAUUUGGCUGCAAGAAAGGCUCGGAAUUGUUCAGAUUUCAGCAGUUGUACUUUGUAUUGGAGGUAUAGUAAUGAUGGCUUAUGCAGAAGGAUUUGCAGGACCCAACGUUGUUGGUGUAAUACUGUCUGUAACUGCAGCAAUCGGAGCUGCUUUGUACAAGGUCUGGUUUAAAAGGAUCGUUGGAGACGCUACAUUAGGUCAAGUUUCCCUGUUCCUGUCCUGCCUCAGUUUACUCAGCACUGUACUUUUUUGGCCCUUGAUCGUCAUCUUUCAUUAUACACGUUGGGAGGAAUUCAAAUGGGAAGAUAUCCCCUGGAAAUAUCUUUGUGGAAAUGCAGUUCUGGGAAUGAUAUUCAACUUCCUGAUAAACUUUGGCAUCGCUUUUACGUACCCCUUGUUCAUCUCUCUUGGCACAGUUCUCGGUAUUCCUAUCAAUGCUGUGACAGAUUAUCUCUUUCGAGGAGCAGCGUUUGGCAGUUAUAAAAUAGUUGCUGCAUUUUCCAUCGUGAUUGGUUUUUUGUUUAUGCUGUUACCAAAAGAGUUCGAAGAAACUCUGCAGGAAACAUUUUGUUGUCGGAAGAGAGAGCGGAUCUUAAAUUGAGAUUGCGUUUGUUGUGUUAAACAACUUAUGAAGGAUCCUCUCCUAGGUUUCAAUAGGCCAUUUUCGAUAUAUUAAAAUUCAAACUUGGCCCUGAGGCUUGGUGGAAUUAACAAAAGAAAUCACAUUAAGGUUGAGGGAUGAAUAAUUAAUUCCUCUUGUUUUAUAUCCCCUAGCCUCGGAGCCAUGUUAGAAUUUUAAUAUAUCGGACAUGGCCUAUUGAGCGUCUCAAGUUUGGAAGGCCAAUGAAUGAUAUUUGGGUCUAUUGCUUCUUACACUUUCUUAGUUGCUAACUAAUCUUUUGACUUAUUCAAUCUUAUCAUAUAUCGCAAAACUUCCUGUAACUCCUCACAAAUCCCCUUGAGUGUCAUCGGAACAUUACACGAGGCUAAGAAGACCCGGUUAUGCCAGAAAUGUUCAUUGUGCAACGGCUGUCUUCAAACGAAAUGUGCUGAAAUAAACGCAUUAUUAAUUUUGUGUAUAAAUAUUUUAACCUUGGUUUUCGCCAGAUGCCCGAGAGUAAUUAAGCUUUAGCAGUUAGUCCAUAUCAGAAGCAUGUAACCUAUAAGCUUUAUGCUUCUGUCCAUCCUGAAGGAACAUUGAGCUGUACGGUUCGAUACACACACGGGAUCGGAGUGUUGUGGUCUCUUUAUUCAAGGACUGUUCACAGACAGACUUGUAGAAUUGAGAUUUAUAGUAAAAAGUAUUUUAUAAUAUGGACAACUCAAGGUAAUUUGGCAUUGUCAUCUGAGUUGAUAACGUGAAUUGGCCACCGUUAAGAGUUUCAAAGCUGACGUUUCUAGCGUUAGAUCUUCGUCAGGAACGUCAGCUUUGAAACUCUUAACGGUGGCCAAUUUACGUUAUCAACUCGAUUAAGAAGGAUUUAGUUUUAGAUUUAAAAAUCAUAAAAAUCCAUUCUGGUUUAGGACAGGAUUUUAGAGAAAAGCAGUGCACAAAGUAAUUUUAGAUACUUUUACAUACCACUUUUUCUUUUUUUUUUCUUUUCUUUUAACGGUUGACAAAUAUUUGUGAAUAUUUGAGUUCAGAUGCUUAUUAUUGCCCACUCAAAAAAAAGUUCUUUAAUAUUAAAACCGCUUAGUUCUA